UAGCAUCUAAGACUAUUGUUGGCACCCCCAGUCGAACGCGUACUCAGGCUCGUAAUCGAGAACUGAGGGUAUCACAAGCUGUGCUCUUACACAGCGCAGCGUUACUAUUGGUUAAGCCUAAGCCGGCAAUAAACUUUUCAUCAAUGAGGUUAAGGGUAUUGGCGAUAAUCGCAUCAUGGAAAGUAGAAACCAUCACAUAAAAUAUUAACGUUACCGUUGACUUUUCAAGAGGUAUCCCCAAAGCUCCAGAAAUCUCCAUUGUCGAGCUGGCUUGGGAUUUGUCGUUAGCCAUCAAGGCCUUUACAAUCUUUGGCCCUGCGGUGCUCUGAUUUAUGGCGACUCGAACCCAUAAUGGAAUCUAAUCAGUCUCUGACUAGCCCUUUCGUUAGAGCGAUACCCAGGUUUUCCCGUGUCCCUGGUCCGACGCCGCUUCAGCGGGCCAGUCCUUCUGAAAGCCCUGAAAGCGCGAUAUACCGUGGCUCAACCCCCCAACUCCCAGAGGCGCCCCGUCCGAUCGUACGCGUUAGUUCACCUGACACAGCCUCGAGCACGCAUUCAUCCCCUUCGACACCAUCCGCGUCCAUCAGAUUAGUUGCAAGAGCCAUCGCUGCCAUAGUGGAGCUUGCAAUUCCUCGCUGGGCUCGACCAUCUGCCUCCACAACCAGCUCAUCCUCUACCACUUCUUCUGCUCCCCCCGCCGCCACGUGGAAGUCUUCCAGACAUCGUCGAUGUCCCAACAUCCUUACCUCUACUGUUAACACCGAUUCAGCACAGCGCGCACUCGCUCGCCAAGCCCUUGAAAACGUUCGACGGAUUCCACGGGAAUUCAGUCUGCUCCUGCCAAAUGCUUCCGAAGCCCGGUCUCAAAACAUACCUUCUUCAUUCCCUGGUGGCCGUCCAGUGCCCCAGCAAGACUCUACUUCUCGGCUGAUUCAAACGACCUCGCUACCCCUUAUUUUGUCCAGUAUCGAGCAGGCUCUCCGUGAUACUAAUAGACUUCGCCAUGAGCAGCACAAGUCCCUUAGAGCGAAUUCUUGCCUCCAUCGCGCCAAGCCUGCACCUGCAAAUUUCCUACCGGCAGCUGUUGUGCACUCUCCCGCCGAAUCUUCCCACGCACGAUGUGAAGAGAAGGCGUUUGAAGGUGGAACUACAACUACGUCGCCACGGGUCGGUUCACGAAGCUCAGUGCCCCCGGUAACCGUGGCCCUGACUAAGUCGAUGUCGCCCGCGUCAACGGACUCAGUGCCCGAGAUGAAGAGCGAAGGAGGUCACGCUGAAGAGCCCUCGUCGAAACAUCAUCAUUCUAGGCCCCUCAUUCGUGCGGGCAUCGGGACGGGUAAUUUUUCGAACACGAAUCUGGGCACUCGAAAACCUACCACGCAGGCUACUACAGGGAAUCGCUCCAGCGGCACUCCACCAGAAGUUGACUCGACUAUUUUGGGUAAUUUAUGGCAGAAAGCAUGGUGGCUUGAUGUGGCCUCUCCUACUUGGGAAGAUAUGCGUAUGCUUGGCACACUGCUUCAUCUGCACCCACGUACAUUAGAAGAUAUUUUGCAGCAAAACCCACGGGAAAAAGUGGAGAUCUUCCCUCGCUUGGGUUAUUAUUUCGUUGUUAUUCGUUCCGUAGAUUUGAACAAGUCUCUAGCUCAGAGGGAUCGUGAACAAUUAGGGGAUGAUAGACGACCUCAAAACGAGGAGGAUAUCCCUAAUGUGACAAACGUUUAUAUCACUGUCUUUAGAGAAGGAAUUUGUUCGUUCCAUUUUUCGGAUUUGUCGGAACAUGUCAAUAGAGUUAGGAGCAAAAUUUUACAGAUGAAUAACGACACCACAAUCAUGACAUCAGGUGCAUUUACCAAUAACAUCCCUUUGUAUGCUCAUGAUGCAACCAAUUCUAUAGACCACAUCACGCAUGGCUUGAUGGAUUCCAUUGUUGAUGCUUUCAUCCCUGUUAUCAAGCGCAUCGGUUAUGAGGUGGAAAAUGUCGAUAGGCUUGUUACCGGAAUGCAAGAUGAGGAUCUAGUGCUCCGUAACUGGGAAACUACACUUCAGCACGCCAAAGCUGCCCGGCACCGUGAGGCCGAGCCUGAAGCGAUUGAGGUCAUUGUUGAUCUCAACGAGAAAAGGAAGGAGUCACUCCCGAUAUCGCCCACGUCCCAACCCCGUCGUAGCGCUUGGAAUCAUACAUACCAGCGUUCAUGCUCGACACUGCAAUAUCUGUUUCGCCCUAUCAGCUGUUACCUCUCGUCCUUCGGGUCCGCCUGUGUGCACAGGAUCAAGAAACUUUGGCUGAGGCUUAUCUGCCCACGCCUGACUGGUCAGGCAAAGUGGCGUGCUGUCAAGUUGGCAAGAACACAAACUCUCAUAAGGAUGUCUCGGACUAGGCGGACCGUGACGUUGCUCAUAAGGCUCCUCGCCCCGAAGAACGAGGUACUUGGGAUACUGCGGGAUAGAUUGACGGGUGUCGCAGACUCAGGAGCGCACUUAGAUGACGUCCAGGUCUUUGGCGCAUUACGAAAGAGUAUUGGCUCACUCUCAGCCAACAUACUUUUCGGGACUUGGAGUGAACCUCGCUCAGGCUACGAAUGAGCAGAUUCAAUGCUCUUGAAGCGCAGUGCUGUCCACACGGCAG